GAUGUGUUCUUCUGGGUGUUCACUAGGAAGUAAGAAACUACAUAUGUUGCACUCAUGAUGCAAUAUGAGAAAAAUGGUAGCUCUGAAAACAUUAUGAAAAUGGACUUGGAAUCUGAAGAGAAGAUGUCCUUUCGCAAAGGUCAUCACAGGAGAAAAAGCAGCAUGCUUGUGCUUUUCGCAACAGUCUGCAUGAUUGUUUUCAUGGUCAUGACUUUUGUCAUUUUUCUGCAUCAGCAAAGAAAGUUUUCAGAGCUGGAGAGUUGGAUGAACAGCCAUGCAUCCAAUAUAACUUCAAUCAGCCCACAUUUACAGAUCACAGAUGAAAAAAAGAUGUUUAAUAUUGAGACCUGGAUGACCAAUCUCACCUUUUCAUUGAAUUCAAUCACAUUUAAGCAGGAGGAAAACCUACAGAAGAUAGAGCACCAGCAGGAUCUGACAAAUGCUGAAGUGAAGAGCUUGAGUUCUGCAGUAUCAGCGCUCACAUCCAAAAUCGAUGCAUCAGUCGGCAACCAGAAACAGAAGCAGGUUGACAUUAAAAAUACAGUAGAGAGUCUGCAAUUAUCUGUUACUUCUCUACAGUCUGACCUGCAAAGCAAGCAAUCUGACUUUGAUUUUCUGUCGAGCUCAAUGAGUGAACUGAAGAGUUCAGUAUCAGAUCUCACUUCAUCAGUCGCAGCUCUUUCCUCUCAACUAUCCAAGCAGGACCCGUCUCAAACCACUGAAGUGAAAAGUUUGAUGAACAGUUUGAGUUCUGCAGUAUCAGCACUGAACAAUGCAGUUAAUGAUCAGAAAGAGAAACAGGCUGAAACAGAAAGAUCACUGGAAAACCUGAAAUCAGCCGUACAAUCUGAUCAACAAAACAAACAACGUGAUUUGGAUUCUCUGUCGAGCUCAAUGAGUGAACUGAAGAGUUCAGUAUCAGAUCUCACUUCAUCAGUCGCAGCUCUUUCCUCUCAACUAUCAUCCGCCAUGGAGCAGCAGGAAGUGAAGAGUUUGAUAAAGAGCUUGAGCUCUGCAGUAUCAGCGCUGACAUCCAAACUCAGUGAAACAGAUUCUCUAUCGAGCUCAUUGAAUGAACUGAAGAGUUCAGUGUCAGAUCUCUCUUCAUCUGUCGCAGCUCUUUCCUCAAAACAACAGAGCUCUGAAGAGAGAAUCCUGAAUGCUUUGAAGGGGCUGAUGUCCAAUACGAGUGCCGAAACAGCUGACACAGACGUCCCUGUGAAAAGCUGUAAAUCUGACUGGAUUGCGUAUAAAAGCAGCUGUUUCCUCUUUUCUGAAACUCAAAUCAGCUGGUCUGAAGCCCGAGAUUACUGCAAACAACACGGAGCGUUACUCCUGAAAAUACAAGAUGACAAUGAUGAGUGGUCAUUUCUGAACAACUAUACCAUCCCCAAACACUACUGGGUCGGACUCACAGAUCAGAACACAGGCCAGUGGAGAUGGGUUGAUGAAACUCCUUACAUCAUCAACAAAGCACGAUGGAAUGAAGGCCAGCCAGAUGACUGGAAAAACCAUGGUCUGGGAGAGGAAGGAGAGGAUUGUGGGCAUAUAUCAUACACUGGGAAACUCAAUGACAUCCACUGCUCCACCAAAAUGAGAUUUAUUUGUAGAAACUGAAAAUGAAUAAUGAAGUGUGAUCCAAAUAACAAAGACAUUCAAAUAUCCUCUGUAUCCUAGUACUCUAAACACUGUAAACACCCUAUAAAACAUGCUUAUUAAAUCUUAAUACGCAUUAAACAAUAAAUACGCAUUUCACAA